AUGUCCGGACUUCCCCCAACCUUCUCAAGGACACAAACACCAACCAAUUAUUCCCGAAACGGCACCACGCCGUCUGGAAAGCCGCGGCUGUUUGUUUGUGCCAUUUGCACUCGCGCUUUUGCCAGACAGGAACAUUUGAAGAGACAUGAACGCUCACACACCAAGGAAAAGCCAUUUUCGUGUGGUGUUUGCUCGCGAAAGUUCUCGCGGCGUGAUUUGCUUUUGAGACAUGCACAGAAACUGCACGUGGGCUGUUCAGAUGUUGCCAUAGCCAGACUUCGCAAGAAACCGGGCAGACGAGGCUCACCUCGAACUAAUAGUGACGAGGAGGAGGAGGAGCCAGAUAAGCGGUUCAAACCAGACCCACUCGCAAGGUUUACUUCCGACAGUGCUGCCACUCGAAGAGCCUCUUUCAGUGCGAUGUCUGGACCAAACUACGCAAUGCCACCGGCUACUGAGGUCAACUUUGCGACGGAAACGGUAGAAUUUUCCACACCGCAGCUACUGCCACAUGAAGACCAAGAGGAUUCAUGGCUGACGGAUCCGAUUCCGACUCUGGACAGUGUUAUCAACGGAACCUCUUCGAUGCGGAUACAGAACGGCCACGUCAAACCAGAGAAGUCUGACGUUUCAUCAGGAUACUCCUUCUACGACGUUCCAUCCAAGAACGUGGACUCGCUGUUCAACUACGGUUUUGAUUCCACGGUCAAGAAGAAUUUGAGUCCACUGACACAACUAUCACCGUUGUCUGAGGAGGAGGAGGACAUGGGUCUUAAGUAUGACGAUUACGACUCGAACAUCACUGAACUUGGGAAAUUGACUGAUAUGAAUGCCUCGAAAAAUUACAAGCUACCUACUGGCUACUCUUUCUACGGAACGGACCAACAAACUGUGCCGAACAGUUCAACGUCUUCGAACGCCACAAUCUCACCGAUUUUGUUGGAUAGUUCCUUCAAUCCAAAUCCAAGCUUGAACGACGAUAUUGACCAUAAGUUCGACAAAUACUCGCGUGUGCUGCUGUUCACAAACAAUCUUCGUGGUUACAUCUACCAUUCUCUGUCGAAGUACCCGUUUAUCGGGAUACCUUCUCCGACACUGCCAGAUAACGACAGACUAAAUGCUUUCACAGCAAGUUUCGAGGCUUUGUUCCUAAAUCAUCACCCGUUCAUUCACAAGUCGCUUUUGAAUGAAUAUUCAACGAUAAAGAUGAUUUUAACAACAAUGGGCCAUUCGAUAAACCCAAAUCUCAACUCAAACGAAACCAUCAUGGACAACACAAAAGUUUCUUUCGUGUGUUUGCCUCUUCUGAUUGCAACGAUUGGCGCUGUUGUUAGCAACCGCAAGGCUGAAGCUUCCAAUUUGUACGAGGCUUCACGUCGGUGCAUUCACGUAUAUCUCGAUUCUCGCAAGAAGAAGAGCGCAUUGCUCAACAAGGAGGAGAGCUCCAGCCCUUUGUGGUUGAUCCAAUCGCUGACCCUCUCCAUUAUUUACGGCCUAUUUGCGGACAACGAUAUUUCUUUGAACGUAAUAAUUCGCCAGGUCAAUGCCCUUAGUUCGCUAAUCAAAUCCUCAAACUUGAACACAAUAUCAUUCGAUUAUGCUAGUAUGGAGAGCGCCAAUACUAGCGAGGCCGUCAAAUUUGAUGAGUUUAUCCGCUACGAGUCAACAGUGAGAACAAUCCACACUAUUUUUCACAUAAGCUCACUUUUGUCCUCGCUGUACAAUAUUGUGCCUUCACUGAAGAUAGAUGACCUUUUUAUCGAUCUGCCAUGUUCUUCGAUUCUCUGGGAUUGUAUGUCAGCUGGUGAGUUUGGAAAGGUGGUUGAAACUAUGCAUCUGGAGUCUCAAAAAUUCAACAAGGUGCUGGGGAACCUUAUAUCUUUCGAUUUCGAUAUGCUUGAUGCCAAUGGACUUGUUGACGGUCACAACUUCUUCUUUGAGAACAACGUGAGCGAGUUUGGUCUGGUUUGUCUACAAGAUGGAUUGCACCAGUACAACUAUUUUCACCAGCUUACGGAACUGAACACCCCCAUGAAACGCGGAGGCUUGAACUUUUCGAAAAUCGUGUCGAAUUGGGACAAAGUUUGUGAUUCGAACCAGAUGUACAAUCGGGACUCAGAGAUUCUGUUUGAUUCCAAACUUUUGAACAGAUUUUUGGCACUCAAAACGUCACCUGUUUUGAACCUAAAUCGCACGAAGGAGAGUCUUUGGCUCAAGUCCUGGAAUGAGAUGUAUUUGAAUUUUUCCAAAAAACACAACUACAAAGAACAGGAUUUCAAAAAGGUCUCCAAAGACAUGUUGUCGCUUGUGAAAAACUCGAUUGAGAUUUUGAAGUUGGUUUUUUUCAAGCCAAUCGCAGAUCCAGAAGGCGUCGAGUUCUCAAAACCAACAUUAAACACGCUUAAUGUGAAUGAAGACCAGUUGAAGGAGCUGAGUACUAGCGAUAUUGGUGAGUUGGACUUUGAGAGAUUCAGCUGGAAACUCUCUUUGAAUCUUCAGAUUCUUUUCGAUGUGGUGCUUUCUUUGGUAAAAUUCCUGGCCAAUUACGAAGGAACUUUCAAGGCCAGAAUGCGGUAUAAGGGUCUCGACACAAACCUUUCGUUUGUGCACCAUUUCCAGCUAUCAUCUACUGUUUUGAAAGACGAAGAUGGUGAUGAUAACAUGGAAGUUGAUGAUUCCGAUGAAGCAGAGCUGUUUGGACUUUACGAGAGCAUCUUCAAAAUCUAUUUGAAUCUAGAGUUCUUUUUAAAGGUGAACUACGGAUACAAUGAUUUCGAAAGCGAGUUCUCGUCUCUGACAAUAUCCAGCAUCCUGAGCAAGAAAGGCACAUCCACAAAGCCCAAAACCGAACGCGAUCUCAUGAUCAACGAGCUGAUAUCUUUUAAACUCCCCUCUAAACUGCUAAAAAUUGGCGAGUUUUUGUUCAAUUUCAUCUACGACAAGAACCUCAAGUUUAUCAACUUCAAGAAUUUAUCUAAUGGGCUUUUCCAUUUACGGAUCAGUCUUGAGAACAACGAAGAUUACGCAGAUUACUGA